AUGGCUGACGACAUGGAUGUUGUGGAUGGCAUCGCGGAAGUUCUACCCAAAACGAUUGAAGCUGUCUUGGAGAAGGUCUAUUAUUAUGAUGGUGGAGUGGCAUCUUCUUUGAAACCAAGAUACGUUAGAAAGCUACAUAGGAAAUGGGGAAGCACGGAGCUGACCACGUUCAAGAAUAACGUAACACAACUGUUACUGACUUUUGAAGGCCCUGGCCUAGAUCAGGAUAAUAUCGAUGUUGUUGCCAAGAAGCUUUACGAAAGUUGCGGCAUCGUCAAUAGCAAAAAGAGCAAAUUCGCAGAGAUCCAUCAAUUCCGUAAACUACAGGCUAUCGUGUACCUAUUUAGAAAUGAGGAUUUCAAUGCCUUAGGGGAAGCGUUCAUGGCCAAUAAACUUUCCGACUUGAAAGGUCAUAAAGUCCUACGAAUUGAACCUGUCGAGCAAGAUAUAUUGUUAACUAAAGCUUAUGUUGAAAUUGUCAGUAAACCAGACGAAGGAGAUAAGAUACAUGACCAUCUCGAUAAAAUUUUACAACAUUAUUCUGGCGCAAUGGGAUAUGUUUCAGUUCGAGAACCCGAAACAUCGCAAGAUAUUCGGUAUUAUAAACAGAAAGAUUUAACUCAAGGCAAAAUUGCUCCUUCCAUGAUAUUAUCGUUACGAUUCGUUCCUGUUGUGCAAGAUCUGGGUGGCAAAUUGCAAUCGUAUCUAGAAACAAGUAAAGACUGGGCUCCAAUCCAGCUAACAGAUACAAUGUCAAAGGUCGUUAAUGUCCCAGGUAGAUCUGAAAUAUUUUACGCUUAUAAAGAAUACGGAAUUAUCCCAUUUUCCGUUCGGCAAGGAGCCGUAGCUGCAGGUGCAGUUCUGAAGUUGUAUAUUGGUGAGAAGUAUAAGGAAAUGAAAGAGUUCUAUUCGACUGUUACUGGGCAAACUGCUUACGACAAUCUCAAUGUUGAUGUCGAUGUCACUGAGUAUUGUAAGUUCCUGCUAGCCAAGGAUUUUGAGAUAAUGAUUAUACAUGUUCCUGACGAGAAAACUGUCAAAAUGGAAGUUUGCCGCCUUUGUUUUGAACUCGAAGAUCCUGAAAUGUUAAUAUCAAAGCUUUCUUUCCCAGUUAAAUUAACUCCUCUGGCUGACAACUAUUGGCAAGCUACUGAUCCAUGUGAUAAUAAUGUAAUCUUUUAUAAAGUUGAAGGACAUAAACCCUAG